AUGGCCAUGCUUGCAGCUGUUCAGUCUCUAACAUCAGGUCAAAUCGUGCACUUUCUUUUUGAUGUGUUGAAACCCUUGGCAAUCCUGUCAAAGAUGUAUCAGAAGCAGGACCUUGAUUUCACAGAGGUUACUCCUUUGCUCAGGUCAACUAUUGAUUGUGUCAGUGACUUGCAGGUCAAGAAAAAUGGUCAAAAGCUCACAGAAUUUCUUGAUCAGGUCCCUUCUGAGUCCCAAGUUGAUGCUGAUGGUCUGGUCACUUUCCAGUUCCAAUGUCACACUAUUAGGGACAGUUCUAAGCAGAGAGAUGAGGCAGUCAAAGUUUGUGACCAGUUUGUAACUGGUCUGGUCAAAAGUGUAAAUGUCCGGUUUUCUGAUAAUGAGGAUGGUUCAGUUCUGACUGCUCUCAGUAAUUUCUUUAAUCCAUUAGUCAGUAAAACCUGCAAAGGUACUGACAUAGAUGUGGUCAACGAAUACCUUGCCACUGUUGGGGUGGAAGGUUGCAAGGAUGAACUUUCAUGCUUCCUAAAUUUUGCCCAUGCAAGCCAUGACAAUGGCAAUAAAUCAGUCAAAUCCACUAGGGACAUGGCAAAUCUUGCACUAAGAAAUAAAGAUGUGUACCCAGCUGCUUCUGAGGCAGCUGGGAGGUUACUCGUGGCCCCUGUUUCCACUGUUGAAUGUGAACGAGGGUUCAGCAAGCAAAACCUUAUCAAAACUUGCUUGAGAAACUCUCUAGCAAUGUCAGCUCUGAACAACCUGAUGAGGAUUUCAAUUGAUGGGCCAGGUUUAACUGACUUUGACUUUGGAUGUGCUUUUAAGAAAUGGAAAACUCUGAAGACUAGGAGAAUCUUAAUGUAAUAUUCAUGUUCUGGGAAUGCAGCAUACAUGUAUAUAACAAUGUUGUGAGAUAAACUGAUUAACAGAUUUUUAUGGUGUUAAUUGUUGAUAAUUUAAGACAGUGUAAAUUAUACUCAUGAUAGAUUAAGUUAUCCUAGUGUAAUGUGUUCUUUGACAGCAGUCUAUAUAACAAAUGUUGUGUGAUAAAUUGAUGGACAGAUUUUUAUGGUGUAAAAUGUAAUCAACCAACAUUAGAUAUAGAAACAAGAAAUGCUGUGUGAUAAAUUGAUGGACAGAUUUUUAUUGUGUUAAAUGUGAAUAAUAGACAGUAUAGAUUAUACUACAUGAUAGUUAAUAUUCAACAUUAUAUAGAAACAAGAAAUGUUGAGUGCUAAAUUGGUUGACUGAUUUUUGUUGUGUAAUAUUUAUGUAAAUAAGACAGUAUAGAUUAUAUUAUAUGAUAGUUUAAGUAUAUUUAACAUUAAAUAUA